CCAGCCCGCCCCUUCUCUGUGCCACCAGAAGCUCCAGUCACGCUGCAAACUGCGACUUCCCAACUCCAUCACAUCCAUUUUUUUUCCUACCACACCCCCGGGCUUUUCUUAUUUAAAGGAGCGCUGCUUUUUAUUUACACAUCUCUGGAGGACAGACACUAUCGCAGGAGCAGAUCGGACACCUUUUUUGAUCAACCUCUCCAAUAGUGCUGCCCGCUGAUGGCUCUACGUGUGGUGCUGCUGUGCUCUAUGGUCGGACUUCUCCUUGGACAAGGAGAAGAGCAGAUCUCAUUAGACGACUGUUGUAAAGAUGGCCAGAAGCAUGCAAAUGCUGACGAAGACUGUGCUUCCAUCCCCCUCAUUUCUGCUUCACCCACUUGCAGGAUAGCACAGGAGCAGUGCUGCGUGUCGGUGCUGGAGGAUAGAAUGUGUUCCAUUGGCAUCAACGUGGCAAAAGACCAGGGAGUCUGCGAUUCUCUACUCGCCAGCACCUGUGAGACCAAGACUAAAAAGAUAUGCUGUGACUGUUGUCUCCUUGGCAAAGCAGCUCAGGAACUGAACAUACCCUGCGACCACAACCUGUUUAUCGGCUACCAGUGCAGCCUGGUGUCAAGGGCCUGCUGUAUGGAUGGAGUUCCAGACAACCAGACAGCAGAACUAGAACAGUCUAAAUUGACCAAUAAUAACGCUACAUCAGGGACAGACCUUACAUGCAGAGAAAAGUGCGCUCACGUUUGUGUUGGGAAUGACACAUGUGCCUGUUUGAAAGGAUAUAAACUCAAACCUGAUGGGAGGAGAUGUGAAGACAUCAAUGAGUGCCUGUUGGGAUCCAGUGACUGUCGGGGAGGCGAGCGUUGCAUCAACACCGAGGGCUCGUUCCGUUGCAUUAGAGAGGUCAGCUGUGGGACCGGCUAUGAACUUACUGAAAACAACGACUGCAAAGACAUAGAUGAGUGUGAGAACGGUAUCCAUAACUGUGGGGAGCAGUUUGUUUGCCAAAACUCCCAGGGGUCAUUCCGUUGUGUCCCAAAGAACACAUGCAGCGAGGGAUUUAUCCAGGAUGCACUGGGAAACUGCAUAGAUAUCAAUGAAUGCGUCACUGAGAAGAGUCCUUGCCACAGAGGGCAAAUCUGCAUCAACACGGUUGGCUCCUACAGCUGCCAGAGAAACUCUGUGAAUUGCGGCCGGGGCUACCACCUCAAUGAUGAUGGCACGCGCUGUAUCGAUAUCGACGAGUGUAAAGGACCUCAACCAGUCUGUGAAGGUCAUGCCUGUAUCAACCAACUGGGUUCGUACCGCUGCGAGUGUGAAACUGGAUACAACUUUAACAGCAUCACUCGUCUUUGUGAAGAUAUUAAUGAGUGCAGGCAUUACCCUGGACGGCUAUGUGCUCAUAAAUGUGACAAUACCCCGGGGUCCUACAAGUGUACCUGCACCACAGGUUUCAAACUGGCUGCAGAUGGCAGGAACUGUGAUGAUUUGAAUGAGUGUGAGACCAACCCGUGCAGUCAAGAAUGUGCCAAUGUGUAUGGCUCUUACCAGUGUUACUGUCGCCGUGGUUACCAGCUCAGUGACAUAGAUGCAGUAACUUGUGAAGAUAUAGACGAAUGCGCCCUUCCCACUGGAGGCCAUAUUUGCUCCUAUCGUUGCCACAACACACCCGGCAGCUUCCACUGCUCCUGUCCGGCCAGCGGCUAUACGUUGGCAGUGAAUGGGCGGGGUUGCCAGGAUAUUGACGAAUGUGUUGCGGGAACUCACACAUGCACCGAGAAUGAGAGCUGCUUCAACAUUCAGGGAAUUUUCAGAUGCCUGUCCUUCGACUGUCCAAAAAACUACAGACGUGUUGGACAGACAUCCCAGAGGCUUGAACGUUCUGACACCAUCCGCUGUAUAAAAUUAUGUCAGCCCAAUGACAUCACCUGUGCUCUGGACCCCAUAGUCUCCUUGUCCCACACCUUCAUCUCUUUGCCCAGCUUCAGAGAGUUCACAAGGCCAGAGGAAAUAGUUUUCCUGAGGACAACAGUUCGGGCUUAUGGAUCGUACCACUUAGAUACUUAUGACGUCAGGUUUGAAAUUCUCGAGGGCAACAUUGAGAACGCCUUUGACAUCAUCAAGCGGCUGGAGAAUGGACUGUAUGUGGGUGUUGUUCGCCAAAUAAGGUCUCUGACUGGUCCAAGGGAAACAGUACUGAAACUGUCCAUGCGCAACCUGACAUCCAACGGGGAAUCUACCCAAAGCAUCAUCAAUGUUCACGUGUAUGUGUCGGAGUUCUGGUUCUGAGUAGAAGGUAGCAGAUUCUACAAAACAUAUUACAACAUCUAUUCAUAUCACUGUAAAUGUCCCUGUUGUAAGCUUAUGCCUUAACUCAGUGUCAAAGGUUAAAUUGUCUUAAAUAGUUUUUAACAAAGUCAUAACUGCUGACUGAUAUUAAGAUUCAAAGCCUAUACCAGCUUCUGAGUAAAACUCUGUUUUCUUUUAUAACAGAUUCAAAUAAAAGUGCUCAAUUGUGGUCAUAUUGAGAAAUGGUAUGUCACAUGUCAUAGAUUUUGAAAUGCUGCUUGUUUGAAGUGCAUGGAUUUGCAUAAUGUAUCUAAUAAUAAUCAUCAUAACAUUCAACUUUUUUGUAUGUUUUAUUAUCAGUAUUAUUAAAUAUAUUUUUGUAUUUAA